AUGAAGAGUCAAGAGGACCGUUAUCUGGACGUUGAUGGUCAUUCCACACCUGUGCUUGCGGAAGUGGCAAUGAUGCUUAGGUUGAGGAAUGCACCGCGAUGUCCAAACAUCAUCAGAUUACACGACUGGGUUGAGCUUGAGGACAACUUUGUUCUCAUUCUGGAGUACGCAGAGUCAUGCCAGACCUUGCUUCAGUACAUCAAAGAUACAGGGGACAUUGAAGAAAACCAAGCACGCCGGUUAAUGCGUCAGUUGAUCCGAGCCGUAAUGUUCUGCACCGAGCGUGGAGUUUUCCACGGUGAUAUACACACGGCGAACAUCCUGGUGACUCUACCCCGAUUAGAGCUCAAAUUGAUCGACUUCGGUUGUGCUCAGCCAAUUACCCACAAGCCUUUCAACAAAAGUGACUAUCGAGGAGCUGGACACGGCAUGCCACCUGAGGCUUUGAGGGGUCGUGUAUUCCAUGCUAACCCGGCAUAUGUCUGGACAAUAGGCAUCAUGCUGUAUGAAAUAAUGCAUGGACGACUGGCCUUUUGUAACAGACAGUCAUUAAUGUUUGGCUCCAUUCAGAUAAACCCCAGAUUAUCUACAGCAUGCGUGGACCUGAUUUCCCAGUGUUUGAUCCGUAAUCCAGUUCAACGGCUACAGUUACAUCAGGUUGAAGAGCACUGCUGGUUCAAUCCAACGACCCCAAAUCCUGUGAAGCAGUUCUUCAAGAGAAGAAAACACUAA